CCUAAACAUCAUGGCCCCCCAAAUUGACGCCCCAAAGACCGUCGAAUGGCAGGGAAAGCGGGUCCCGGUCUGGUCGAUGCGAACUGUUGACUACGGCCUACUGCUUUCGCAAGACCCUGCCGAGGUUGACAACGUGCUCAAGGCCUGUCUCGAAGACGGGUACUUCUACCUUGACCUGAACAACAUUGAUGGUCGUCGCAUGCUUGGUGACCAGCAAGAAACACUCAAGCUCAUGCACCGCUUCUUCGAGUCCCCAAUCGAGCAGAAGAAUGAGUUCGGAUUGAUCUCGUCCCAUCUCGGAUACGAGCCACAAGGCAGUCGCACUGGUGCCUUCGGAGCCGGAACCAAGGACGGAUACGAAAUGCUGAAGGUUUCCCGUGACGAGAUUCAGAGGGGUAGCCCCAAGGUACCGUCUCCGAUCAAGAACAGCGGCGACCUUGGCAUACUCGAGAACUCCAUCGGCAGCUGCAACACCAUCACCAAGGUCAUCCUCUCGGCCCUCUCGACUGGUAUGGGCUUGGUCGGAGCUUCGCGCUACGAGAACCACCACCGGAACGACAAGCCAUCGACCACCACGUUGUCGAUGAUGCACUACCUGCCCUCAGAGAUCACAGGCCCGAAGGAGGUCGGUCACCAAAAGCAUACCGACAUCAGCUCUUUGACACUGCUCUUCAGCGAGCAGUGGGGUCUCCAAAUCCGGCCUCCAGGGACAUGUGGAGCGCGCGAGAUGGGUUUCGUUGAGCCUAAGAAGGGCUGCGCUUUCGUUCACGUUGGCGACUCGUUGCGCUUUGCGAGCGGAAUGAAGAUGCAGUCGUGCAUCCACCGUGUUGUGCCUUUCGACCCCAAGGAGCACCGCUACUCGAUCGCUUACUUCCUCCGCGCAGAGGACGACACUAUGUUCAUGGACAGCGAGGGUCGUUACGUGACUGCUGGGCAGUGGCACGACCAGAAGUUCAAGGCUUUCACUGACCCUUGGAUGUACCAGCUUCAGGCCCCGAAGACGAUGAUCUUGGGUGGCAUGACUGAGGAUGGCGAGGACGACCCUCUGCAGCAGGAAAUCGAGCCUGCAUCUGAGCCCAGCCCUGUUGGCGCAAAGGCGCAGCUUGCUUCCGUUUCCGUCCAUGCAUAG